CUCUCCCCCCUACCCAUCUCUUCUUCCACCUCCCCACCUGUCUGGCAGGUGGAGGAUGGUAAGUUGUUGGAACAGCUGAUGGCCAGUGUUGGGUUCUGUACAGAGGUGGAGGAGGACCUUAUCGAUGCCGUCACCGGCCUCAGCGGCAGUGGCCCCGCCUACGCGUUCACAGCUCUGGAUGCCCUAGCCGAUGGAGGGGUGAAGAUGGGUCUACCCAGGAGACUAGCGGUCAGACUGGGAGCUCAGGCACUACUGGGAGCAGCUAAGAUGUUGUUGGACUCUGAGCUGCACCCUGGCCAGCUGAAGGACAACGUGUGUUCCCCUGGGGGAGCCACCAUCCACGCCCUGCACGUGAUGGAGAGUGGCGGAUUCCGCAGUCUGCUCAUCAACGCUGUGGAGGCUUCUUGUAUCAGGACACGGGAGCUGCAGUUCCUAGCGGACCAGGAGCGCAUCUCCCCGGCAGCCAUUAAGAAGACCACCCUGGACAAGGUCAUGCAGCAGCCUGGGGUCAGCCAGGGGUCAGGGGUCAACGGCAAGCCAGGACUCAGCCUCAGGAGAAACCCCCCAGGACCUGUCAAGAAGAACAACUGAGAUGGACACACACACACACACACACCUAUAACGCCAGGCCUCAGGAGAAACCCCCCAGGACCUGUCAAGAAGAACAGUGGAUGGAUGGACACACACAUAUACACUCUCACUCACUCACACACAGAAUUUGGAAAUGCAGCUUGUACAGACCCAUAGCCUUGGUCUGACAGGGUGUCUGUGUACACACACGUGAACAGAAAUGCAUGCACAACAUGCCACCAGUCUACCUUGUCUUCAGUCUGUCUGAGGAUAUGUGUCUCUGUGGUGAUAACGACUCAAUGGGCCAAAACAUCAGUGAAUAUUUCAGAUAGAAAUGCAAUGCAUAGAGCUGACAUGAUUCCUUAUUCUGCAUGACAGAGGAAUGCAUAGAAUCUGUUCUUUGCAAUUCAUUUCUUUCUGAGCGUUUCUUUUUAAUGUUGCCCCUGCAGCCGAAGCAGGCAACAGAUGGCUUCAGUGAUGGCUUUUUUUGCCUGGUGACUCAAACUGAAUUCUUCCCACUGCUCUGUUCACUGCACACGUUGAAGUCGUUUGUGGUGACGUCAUAAUGAGGGGUGUUGAUCCAAUCGCUGAUGACUUUUGUACAUCUCGAACCAAUCAGAGCAUCAAAGCCAAUGACAAAUUUUUUUAAACGCCUCUUUACUCACGUGUGCUUUGGCUCUGGCCCAACCCAUUGGUUUCUGGGACCAAUCGGAACGUUUAUGUGUUUGUGUUCGGGAAAAUUGUCAAGGGGGAUACUCCGAUCCAGACUCAUUUCGUAGAAGAAACGCUAGUGGCCUAGCGUUUUCACGGGAGCAAGGAGUUUGGGUACCUAGGCAAGCCAUUUCUAAGGUAGUGUCCCAAAUUGCACCCUAUUCUCCCCCUCCCCAAUAGGGCUCAAAGGUAGUGCACUAUAAAGGAAACAGGCUGCCAUUUGGGAUUCAGCCCAAGUGUACUAUACAGACAGUCACAAUGUAUUUUAAAUGAAGCCAGAUAACGCCAUGAAAACCCUUUUAUUUUGUUCGUUGUGAUUUUCUUGUCAUUUUUUUUGGCCCACCGUGUUAUUUUAUGGACUGACUGAACAACAAUUGUUUUGAGAAUUUGAGUUGUUUUUGUUUUUUAUAUAUUCUAUUGUCCGUAUGUUGCGGUCACCAUCAGGACAACAACUGGACACUAGCCACCAGACAACUGGACACUAGCCACCAGACAACUGGACACUAGCCACCAGACAACUGGACACUAGCCACCAGACAAAUGGACACUAGCCACCAGACAAAUGAACACUAGCCACCAGACAAAUGGACACUAGCCACCAGACAAAUGAACACUAGCCACCAGACAAAUGAACACUAGCCACCAGACAAAUGGACACUAGCCACCAGACAAAUGAACACUAGCCACCAGACAAAUGGACACUAGCCACCAAACAAAUGAACACUAGCCACCAGACAAAUG